AUGAAGCCAAACGGCGGCGGUUCGCUGCUCACGUCACCAGCCGCCUGGAACGCGAAGCUCACCGGUUGCUCGCUGUCGUUGCGCACAUCCACCUCUACGGCGCGGCGCGUGCCGGCGUAUGUCUUGGCGAAGCGCAGCGCGUGCAGCUCGUCGCCAGUGCGAGGGUCGAGCAGCGUGCCCUUGCUGUCCAUCACCUCCACCGCCACCGCAACGCUGCGCUGCGUCUCCUCGCCUGCCACGUCGACGUGCAGUUUCAGGCGAUGCGGGCCAACGUCAAGGCGCAGCAGCUCUACGUACACGUCGGAGGCGCCCAGCGGCGGCACGACGCACGACGAUGGGCUCACUUUCACGCCGGUCGCUUCGCGCGCGGGCGUGAUGCUCACACGCACCUCACGCCGUCCGCGGUUGGUGAAGCGCAGCAGCUUCGACAGACCCUGCCGGUUGCGCUCCACGCGUCCAAAGUCCACCAACUCGGGGAACUCGAGGUCCGGGCAGCACUUCGCCACGAGCGGCACCGUGAUGGACUCCUUGUCGGUGAAGACAACAAAACUGUCCUGA